AUGAAACGUAGGCGGCAAAUUGGCGGCGGCGAGGAGAACUCGAGCGGUGCCAAAAACGAUGCCGAUGAAGCGCUCAGCAUGGGAAUUCUGCUGUGGCGUAUACGUACAAGCAAGGCUUUGAAGGAUCUGGCGUUCGGCGAGGAAUUCACUGAAACCAAGCAAAGCGGCGACCUGGGCAAUAAAGGCCUCGAGGCAGCGGGCUGCAGUGGCGGCGUCGAGCUGGGCACGAUGCGACGGCCAAAUACGUCCGAAACCGGACCCGGCGUCGACAGCGACACAGUAAGACACGUAGCCAUCAGGAAAGCUGGGAAUGAGCGGACCAGCACCAUCCAUGUAAAAUACGGCGCCAGGCGCAGGCUGCUCACCAUCAAGGUUCCGAUGGAAUGGCAAAGCGCGAGAGCGGCCGCGAAUGAUGGCAUCGCUGACGGGAACGCUGUGCCCAUGCCGACCGCCACCGCGACCGCAGUGCCCAUGCCGACCGCCACCGCGGUGUCCAUGCCGACCGCCACCGCAGCCAUGGCAGCCCCUGCGCAUGCGCCGAGCCCUCGCGUCUCUAAUCACGUCGUGGCCGGCGGCAUCGACCACUGGCAACACACGCUGUUUGACUGCAGCUCCGACAAGGGCUGCUGCUCCGACAUGGGCCUCUGCUGCCUCGCCUCCUUUUGCGCGCCGUGCGCGUACGGACAGCUCGUCAACCGCAUCAAGACGGGCUACCCGGGUGAUUUCUGUGGUGACACAGGAGCGUGUGCAAGCUUCCUCGGCCUCUCAUUUAUUCCCUACGUGGGCGGUCUCGUGGCGGCGGCUUACAGCGCCCAAACCCGUACGGAGAUCCGCACAGCGUACCGCCUCCCGGAGACACCAUGCAACGACGUCUGUGUGCACGUUUGUUGCUUGCCCUGGGCGCUCUUUCAAGAGACCAAGGAGGUGACUGCCCGGCAGCGGGACGGCCAAGGCGUCCCUGUGAGCCCUCGCUACGCUGUCCAGCCUAUGACGGCGGCUCCCACCCAAGGCGUUUCCAUGGCGCGUUCGUGA